AUGACUACAUUAAAGAUCAUGACUUUCAAUGUUCGCUUCGACUUGAAUCAGGUGCCCGAAAGACAGUCGGCUGACACCUCUUUGGACGGUGAACAGCCUUGGUCUACAAGGAAGUGGAAGAUCGCAGACACAAUCUUGCUGUACGAGCCAGAAAUUGUUGGUCUUCAGGAGCCACGUCAUCAUCAAGUUCUUGAUCUGGCCGAGCUUCUGUCGGCUGACUAUGUAUGGGUUGGCUGUGGUCGUAGCGAUGGCAAGGAGGAUGGUGAAUAUUCUCCUAUAUUUUAUAAACGGUAUGUGAUGACUACAUCUAUAAUUGCGGAAGGAGCAGCUUUAAAUAACGAGAACAAUAGACAAAUUCUUUCGGAAGCCAACUCCAAAACCAUUUGGCUCUCCGAGACGCCAGAUCAACCAGGUAGCGUAGGAUGGGACGCUGAUCAGACGAGAAUCGCUACUGUUGUCACCUUUGACGUCAAGACAGACAAUGGACAGAAACAAAUUCGAGUCAUCAAUACUCACUUCGAUAAUAAGGGAGAAAAGGCUCGCAAGGAGUCAGCCGGCCUGCUUCUCAAAGAACUCAGUGCGACACAGCUCCCGAUGGUAGUCAUAGGCGACUUGAACUCAGAAGAAGACAGCGCGCCAUACCUUGAAUUGACGUCUCAUCAGUAUACCAAAAGCAAUGAGUCGACGGGUAUACGCAUUGAGAAAUUGAACAGGUAUAGUGCAGUAGAGGAAGCAAAAAGAACUGGUAUGCCUACUCGUACUCCUGGUCACGGUAUUGCGCUUCCAACCCACAUCCAGUUCAGACCACACAAGCUUGAUCCUAAAAAUCUCCAACCCAUCGUUCAGCAACAUGGGUUCAAAGAUGCCCGAUACGAAUUGCAGACCCGACUGGAAGGAUUUCCUGGCUUCAGUGGGCCAUAUGGUCACCAAAACACAUUCACAAGCUUUGGUGCGCCUGGAGAGGAUCCUCCAUCUGUCAUUGACUACAUACUGCUCGGCAACGAGGUCAAGGUUACAAAGUUUGCAGUGCUCGAAAAUAGAUACGACGAUAAAUUGUACAUAAGCGAUCAUAGACCAGUCAUGGCAACUGUGAGCUUUUAA